GUCGGAGAUAACGAAGAGUCGUCGGCUCGCUUGGAUCGCGGCUGUAAGACGACCGAACAUAACUUUCCACAGUAUCCCGAUGUCGAUGAGAGUGUGUUCCCUGCAUUUUCAUUCUGGAAAACCAGCAAAUGAAAUGUACAACUCGCAUCCGUAUUGGGCACCAUCACUACACUUGGGCCACACUGAGAUGAAGGCCACAAAGACUGCACGCUAUGAGAGACAGAACAAAAGAAAACGGCAAAGGACUGACAGUACACCUGCGAUGGAUGAGACAGUUAUUGAUGACCUUGUUCCACCAGUGGAGACACCAGCACCAGCAGAGGAUGGAGCUGACCAGACACUGCUGACAGAAUGUGACUUCUGUCAGCGUCGGCGUGCUGAAAUCAACCGGCUGCUGGAAGAGAACAGGACCCUGAAAUGUGAGCUUAGCCAGAGAAAAAUGGAUGAACAUUUCCUGAAGGAUGACAACGUCAAAGUGAAAUACUACACUGGACUUCCACACCUUGAAGUUGUCAUGGGUGUUCUAGCCUGUGUUGGACCGUACAUGACACAGAGUAGUAAAGUUCUUUCACCUUUUCAGAUGCUUUUCCUGACCCUCAUGCGCCUUAGACUAAACUUACCUUUACAACACAUUGCCCACCUCUUUUGUGUAGACAGAAAAACUGUUUCCAAAACGUUCAGUGACACCAUAAAUGUUCUGCAUGCGCGCACCAGCCCUUUAAUUAACUGGCCAGGGCGAGAUGCGUUGCAUGCAACUAUGCCCCAUCAGUUUGUGGAGGCCUUUGGGAAGCGUGUUGCUGUUAUUCUGGACUGUUUUGAAAUAUUCAUACAGACACCAUCAAAUCUUAAAGCUCAAGCUCAGUCAUAUUCCCACUACAAACACAACACAACUAUGAAGUUCCUUAUUGGUAUUACACCACAGGGCUCAAUUUCUUUCAUUUCCAAGGGAUGGGGGGGACGCGUCAGUGAUAAGCACGUAACUGAUAACUGUGGGAUUCUGGACAAACUGUUACCUGGGGAUUUGGUGUUGGCUGACCGCGGCUUUGACAUACAGGACAGUGUAGGACUUAUGUGUGCCGAAGUAAAGAUCCCUGCUUUCACAAAAGGACGCUGUCAGCUGGAUGCAAGAGACGUGGAGAGCACAAGAAAAAUUGCCCACCUCCGAAUUCAUGUGGAAAGGGUGAUCGGAACCGUCCGCAACAAGUACACCAUUUUGUCAGCUAAAGUACCUAUUCACAUGGUGUUGCCAUGCAAGGAUGAAGACACGACAUUUCUUGAUAAGAUUGUGUCUGUAUGUUGUGCUCUGACAAACAUGAGCCCUAGUGUUGUGCUGAAAUAA